GGGGGAGUCGCGCCUUCGGCUGCUGCCCUCCCCCGUCGGCCGAGGCACGCGGCUGGCCGCGGCCCACUUGGCUCCGUCCAACCACUGGACGCUCAACUUUCCAUUUUGCGCCCCUCUCUCAAGUUGCGUCGCCUGAUAACUGCCUGCGCGCCGCCGAGACCAUGACGCCCGAGCCAGCGUGCGCCCGCCGCGCUCGGCCCGCCCCGGCCGACUAGCUGCCAGAGCAAAAUGUUGAAGCAGGUGCUGCUGCCUUUGGCAGUGGCCGUGGCGUGUGCCUUGAGCCUGAGCCUGGCCUGCAAUGAAGCCAUUUGUGCAUCCAUAGUGAGCAAGUGCAUGUUAACACAAUCGUGCAAGUGUGACAAACUCAACGUCACCUGCAGCAGAGACUGUUUCUACUGCCUCGACUAUCUCUACACUGAAUGCUGCUCUUGUGUAGAGAUGUGCCCGCGACAAAAUGAAACCAUCUCUCUAAGUCAUAAGUCCAACAUAGAGGAUCUGCCGGACCCGACGCAUGGGUUAUUUGCCCUCCUUACCGAGGAAGCUGACCGCUCCUUGAGAUGGCGGUCCUACACAUUUCCUGUACAUGUGGCAUUGUACAGCCCUGUGCAUGACAAAGAUAUCAAGCUGAAAGCUGUGGUGUCAAAUGGGAAUACAUCAGAAGUAGUUGAAGAGGAAGAUGUGCAAGUGAACUGCACUGUGGCAUUCAUGUCACAAUGCAUGUCGCUGAACAAGUGCAGAGAGUCGUGCCUCUCCAUGGGAGCUUCAAGCUACAGGUGGUUCCAUGAUGGUUGCUGCCAGUGUGUUGGCAGCAUGUGCAUCAAUUACGGAAUUAAUGAAAGCAGGUGCCUCCAGUGUCCCUAUUCAAAGGAGCUGAUGGACUUCGAUGAUGAGCAAGAUGAAGAGGUACCCAUUGAGGAUCCUGACAGGCAUACUUACCAACAUGUUGACUACAGUGACAAUUCUUACAGUGCCAAGGAGAAGGCAGACAAUAGAAACAAUGUGGUAGACACAUCUGCUGCCGAUAACGCAAACUCUACGUGAGGACAGUGCCACCAUGCCAUCUGCACAUUGCUGGUGCAAUAUAACUGUGCCGGGAGUGCGUGCCAAUGGUGCCCGGGAUCCUGUAGUCAGUGUACAUAGACUGCCAAGUGUCUCUUUCAGGUUGCCAGCCUAAGCAAGCAAGCCUGCAGCAAUUUUGGGCCACUCACAAACACUCAGACUGCAUCUCUACAAGGACAGUGCACGCGUAGUAGCCUAAUAUAUUGAACCUAGGGACCAAUUGUGUGUUGUACAGCAGACGCAUUCUCUGAACGUAGUGGAAUGCAUUCUCCUACAAACAGCCCAACUGAUGCAAGUGGACUGAAAAAAUGCCAUCUUCAGUACUUCGGCAAUGUUCGUAAAGACUCAAAACCGAUUGUCUGUGCAACGCUUUGAGCAUUGCCAGCUGGUGCAGUUUUCACAAGUCAACCGAUGCCUUAUGGCUGUUCCCACUGGCAUCGCUAGGCUUCGUCUGCAUGUUCCAAGUACAAUACUUCAAUGUGUGUGUGUGUGUAAGUGUGCAUGUGUGUCGAUCUGUGUGUGUGCAAGUGUAUGUGAAGUGUGCGUAUGUGUGUAUAUGCGAGUGUUUAGCUGUAAUGGCUGUUGUUGUGCUACAUCUCUACAUCUCUGCUACCUGCAGGCAGGGGGGAACGAGGCUUUUUAUAUGCUGUGACAUUGUUAUAUUUAUUUAGGAGAAAGACAGUCUGGACAGGCAGUGGUACCACGUACCUGUGAAACUUGCCACCUUGCUGCCAAAAAAUGGGCCUCAUUUGCAGACAUUACUGCAGAGCAGUGUGCUUGAGGGUCCUCUGUGACAGUCUUUGGGCAGAAUAGAUGUUCCAGUGACUCAUGAUCAUUAAUCAUCUUUCACCGCCAUGCAGCAGAUUAGAUAGUCACACUCAGGGGGCAUCAAUCGAUACCAUAUUCUCACCUUUCUAACAACUUCAGAAACUGAAGGCAUGUUUAUCUGUUGUCUUACAAUAGGUUCAGUGCAGCAUGAAUGCCUCAUUAUUUGGAACUAUGCAGAGCUGUGUCACUUUAUUUCACAUGUACAAAACACAGAAUCAUAAUUUGUGCUGAGUGUGCUUUGUAAGCAGUAUUCCGAAUGUUUCUUUUCCCCAGGAUUGUCACAAAGUUCUGCAUGAAAGAAAUUGAAACCCUGGUUGGUCAUGUAAAAAUAUGCUUUUCAUACCUCGCAGUUCUUGUGCCAGCUUGUGAUGUUCUCCCACAUGAGUCUCCACUGUCACAUGCCAUGAGCCCCGAACGAACAUGUCUGAAUGUGCAUGAAAUAUACUAUGCUUGCAUUCUUAGAGCACCAGCCAGCAUUUCACAAAUGUUUCUUGCAUUUUACAAUGGCACUCUAAUGCAAUCUUAACAGCAGCAGCACUUGUAGUAGCCUGUUUUUAUGAGCUUCAGAUAUUUCAUGCUUAAAUUAGGUGCUGUGGUAAUGUUUUAAAAUACGAACACAUAAAGUAAAAAACAAUUAUGCCAUCAUUUGUUUUAUUGGCUGCUAUUGUGGUACAAGCACACUAGUCCUAAAAGUUGCAGUACUGAUGGAGUUGCUUUCAUUCCAUCUUUGCAUUUUGUACGUUGAAACCCAGCAAAUUAUGCUUUUUUGUGCAUUGUUUCUGUUCUGCAAAAGUUAUUUUGUAAAUUUUGAUCUCCAUUAAAGAUAACCUUCAUGUUCCUUCAUAAUUUGUUUCACUAAUAUACUAGAUACAAAAAGGAGACCGCACAUACGUGCCAGCAAAAUUGUUUUUACUCAGUGCAAGCAGUGUAGAUUUUGUUAUAUGAUGUGUAAUAAAAUUCUUGCGUAAUGAGCAAAA